AUGGCAGGAGAAAAUAAAACCGAAAAUGGAGAAAGAGAAAAGGAAGAAGAGGCCAAAGCGGUUAGAAAAGACGAAAGCGAAGAUCAGCCCUCGCCGAGGGGCGUGCUGGAGGUCCGGGCUUCGUGUUCGGGGUCGGGCUCGGAUUCGGAUCAGGUGAGCAUGAGCCCGGCAGGGGAGAACAAGUCCCAUAUGGCUGGAGGCGACGUGGCGAUUAACUACGGCAACUUGCAGUGGAAGAAGAUGUUCGGGCAGGUGAAGAAAACGUCGUCGUCCGCGUGGAAGUUCUCGACCAUGUCCCUGCUGCUGACGGGGCACGACCUGUCCAAGUCGUCCAAGAAGAUGUGGCGGAAUAAAAAGGCGGGAAGGGGCCGCAGUAGUAGUGCUACUCUUGAUGAGCUGGCCGGGGACGACAGGGAGUUUGUAGUGCCUAAGCCGUCUUGGAGGAAUUUUACUUACCAGGAGCUCAAACAAGCCACCGAUGAUUUUAACUCCGAUAAGUUGAUCGGAAAAGGGGGACAUGCAGAAGUGUACAAAGGGUACUUACCGGACGGCCAAGUGGUAGCCGUAAAGAAGAUAAAAAAGGAAAACAAAAAAGACGAAGAUAGAGUCGGCGACUUCUUAGCCGAACUCGGGAUCAUAGCCCACAUUGACCACCCAAACACCGCUAAACUCGUCGGCUUUAGUGCCGAUAACGGCUUUCACCUUGUCCUCCAGUUUUCUCCGCACGGAAGUCUUGCCACUGUCCUUCAUGGUUGUACCGAGUGUUUAGAGUGGAAAUUACGGUAUAAGGUGGCAGUUGGAAUUGCCGAGGGACUUCAGUAUCUGCACUGCAACUGCCAAAGACGAAUUAUUCACAGAGACAUAACGGCCUCAAACAUAUUACUCUCGGCAGAUUAUGAACCCGAGAUAUCAGAUUUUGGGCUAGCAAAAUGGCUACCUGAGGAAUGGGGCCAUCUUGUUGUGUCUCCAAUUGAAGGCACUUUUGGGUACUUAGCUCCGGAAUAUUUCAUGCACGGGAUGGUCAACGAGAAGACAGACAUUUUUGCGUUUGGGGUUCUCCUACUCGAGCUCAUAACCGGCCGCCGGGCGGUCGACUCAAGCAGCCAAAGCCUCGUGAUGUGGGCAAAACCACUUCUCGACAAGAACAAGAUGAAAGAAAUAGCUGACCCCCGGUUAGGGGAAACCUACAACUCUGCAGAAAUGAGACGCACAAUGUUGACAGCCUCGGCUUGCAUUCACCACUCGCCCGACUCACGGCCCAACAUGAAACGGGUUGUGCAGCUUCUGAAAGGGGAAAACGAAGGAUUAGCGGACAUGAAGCAAAAAUCGAUGGGCAGCCGGUCAUUCCUCUUGGAUGCAUUCGAGUUGGAAGAGUAUAACAGCACGGCUUACCUUAAGGACUUAAAUCGUCACAUGGAGCUCGUCAUGGAGUGA